UUUUCUCCCCCCUUCAAAAUAAUCCAAAUAGAUUUAUAGCAUUGUGGAAAAGGGCUCUUCAAAUAGUAUUAGAGCAUUCAAUUAUGGGUAUAAAAGGGUAAAAGUGCAGAGUGCAUUAGCUAAUCUUUCUCCACAAAAGAUCAUAAAGUGAUUUCGACAUUGCUGAUUUGGGCUUUGAACAUAUUGGUACAUGCGUGCUAAUAAACGCCCAUUUCAGCACUUCAUCUGCCGGCUGCAGACGACUCCUCCGCUUCGGUCGGUGGACGCCAUGAGACUGACUCUUCCAAACCCGGGACUGGAUCUGCGGAUCUCCUGCCAUGAAGAUCUCGACAGGAUGGAGAAAGAAGAAGCCGAUAGCAGGCCGAAAUGGGACAACAAAGCUCAGUACAUCCUGACCUGCGUGGGCUUUUGCAUCGGCCUCGGCAACGUCUGGCGAUUCCCCUACUUGUGUCAAAGCCAUGGAGGAGGAGCUUUUUUGAUCCCCUACCUGCUCCUGCUGGUGUUGGAAGGAAUGCCCCUCCUGUUGCUGGAAUUUGCCAUUGGCCAGCGUCUCCGCAAAGGCAGCGUGGGAGUGUGGCGCGCCAUCAGUCCUUACCUGACUGGCCUGGGGAUUGCCUCCAUGCUGGUGUCCUUUUUAGUUGCUCUGUAUUACAACGCUUUGAUAGCCUGGGUCAUGUGGUACCUUUUUAAUUCCUUCCAGAGCCCACUGCCUUGGACCCAGUGUCCUCUCAAUGAGAACGCGACAGGUUUUGUAGCCGAAUGCCAAGAGAGCUCCACCGUGGACUAUUUUUUCUACCGGGUGACCCUCAACAGCUCAAGCUCCAUUUCGGACUCUGGGGGCCUCCACUGGCCCAUCGUGGUGUGCCUUUGCGCCGCAUGGACCGUUGUCUGCAUUUGCUGCAUCAGGGGGAUAAGCAGCUCAGGCAAGGCUGUGUACAUCACAGCCAUCCUGCCGUACAUCGUGUUGGCCAUAUUCCUGGUGCGAGGACUCACCGUCAAAGGCUCCUUUAGCGGUAUUCAGUUUCUCUUCACCCCAAAGUUGGAGGAAUUGAUUAACCCGUCAACUUGGCUGGAUGCGGGGGCUCAGGUCUUCUACUCGUUUGGUCUGGCGUGGGGUGGCCUCAUCUCUUUCUCCAGCUACAAUCCCGUUCAUAACAAUUGCGUGCAAGAUGCUGUCAUCCUGACCGUCGUGACGGGCCUGACUUCAGUGUAUGCUGCCACGGUUACGUAUUCCAUCAUUGGCUUCAGGGCCACUGAGAAAUAUGACCUGUGUUUUAAUGAUAACAUCAUGUCAUUAAUAAAUGGAUUCAAUCUUCCGGAGGACAGCAUCACUCCAAGCACUUUCGACUCGGCAUUACAACAUCUCAACAGCUCCGAUCCCGAGGCUGUUCUGGCGCUGGACCUUAAAACCUGCGACUUGCAAAAACUCCUCAGUGAGGGAGUGGAGGGAACAGGUCUGGCAUUUAUUGUUUUCACAGAGGCCAUCACCAAGAUGCCCGCUUCGCCCGUCUGGUCUGUUCUCUUCUUCAUCAUGCUCGUCUGCUUGGGGCUUUCCACCCUCUUUGGCAACAUUGAGGGAGUGGUGGUCCCCUUGAGAGACUUGGGUUUUUUCCCCAAAAAAUGGCCCCACGAAGCCCUGACUGUGAUCACCUGUCUCAGUGCCUUUGUCAUCACCCUCCUCUUCGCUUUGCAUUCUGGGAUUUAUUGGCUGACGCUUUUCGACAAGUUUGCCGGAUCGAUUCCGCUUCUGACUAUCGGAUUCUUUGAACUCGUUUCUGUUGUUUAUAUCUACGGCAUCGACAGGUUCAACGAGGACGUGGAGUUCAUGACGGGACGCAGGCCUUCCAUCUUCUGGCAGGUUACGUGGAGGUUCAUCAGUCCUCUCAUCGUCCUGGUCAUUUUGAUUUUCUACCUGAUAACCCAAGCCCGAGAAGAGCUCACCUAUUUAGUCUGGGAUCCCACUUCUGAAGCCUUCCCGUCAUUGUCAUCGGAAGCAUAUCCUGCAUGGAUCAAUGGAAUGAUUUUCCUGUUAGCAGGGGUUCCUACUGUGAUUGUGCCCAUGUAUGCGUUGUGUAGGUUUAUCUAUGUGUGCUUCAGGCAGCGAGUAGGUUGAACAAGACGGAAUAUCGUUGGUAUUGUGUCAUGGGCUUCCAUGAAGGCGAAUCUUCGGCGCGAUAAGCGCAAAGUGCAACUUUACCAUGCACGCUAUUUAAUUAAGUACAUUGCAAGAUGUUUCAACUGACUUUGGCAAUUGCCCGUCUCUUAAUAUUUGUUCACAGGCAACAGGAUACCGUGUGACAAAAAAAAAGAAAAAUGUUUGGGGUGAUACCACAAACAGUUUAGUUGUUUUUUUUUCUGAUUUUCUUAAAAAAAAUAUGUCUAUUUACGGUAUAUCUAAAUUCAUCUUUCUUUAAGUGUCCAAAUAGUGUAAACUGAUAUUGGAUUUACACAACAGCAGCCACCGGGUGGCAGUCUAAACCAGGGGUCAUCAACGUUUUGGGAACUGAGCCACUUCUUGGUCACUGAUUCAUGCAAAGCACAACCAGUUUAAGGCACACACUUGACAAGAAAACACAUUUGCCAAAAUGACCUGUCAUUUUGGUUAUUAUUUGUAAUGAAAAAUAUUCAUGUAUGUGGCGACAUUGAGUGAUUUGUCCCGAUAAUUUUCAGUGACGGUUCGACUGUCCAACGCUUUAUUUCUGUCAAUAUCUGCGAGCGUUUAAUAUUUUCAAAUGAUCACCUCUUCAACAUUACGGGUAAAUCACAAUGUCCCUUCACCAGUGAGGGCUACUUAGGUCCCGAUCGCUUACCGAUCGCUGCUGUAAGAUCACCUGUAUCAGCUUUUCGAAUAAUCACAGCUUCUCAUCAGACCUGAGAGAGAAAUGCAGCCGAGUUUUUUUAUGACAUGCUCACAAAAUAAAAAUGUCACAAAAGACAAUAUCCUCAUGGUAACAACAUCUCUGGAUCCACGUGCAUCGUGUGUGUGUCUAUGUGUGU